AUGAUUAAACCUAAAUUAUUUGUUAUCAAAUAUUUAACCUUGAUUUUCGUAAUUUUCUUGAUCGUUAAACCACUUCAAGCGGCCAUUAUACAAAAUCCAAAACUCAGCAAUACCGAAGAUGGUUUUCUAGAACUAAAACCUAAUGGUUCAUUGAUAUUGCGCAGCACCCUCAACAAUUCCUCCAAUGUCUGGCAAGAGGCCAUCAUCUUUAAGACCAUUCUGAAUGCCAUACGUUUAAUGCCGCUGCAGACGAAAAACACAUUGAAUGAUUUGAAUCAGAAAAUUUAUGGUGAUGGUGUCGAACAUAAAUUUCCACCAUUUAUGGAACGUGUUAUCCAACGUAUACAGACAUAUUUUUCUAUUUACAAAUACACCGAUACCAGUAAACCGGUGCGGGAGGAUUAUAAGCCAACCACAGCAACAACAUCAACAUCAUCCACAACAACAAGUGGAAUACCUAAUGAGACAUUGACUUUGGGCCAACAAAAUGAAAUCGAUGUCAAUUUAACUAGCGGCAAUAAUAAUAGUUUUAAUCGAAAUAACAAGACUUCAUCGAUCAGUGUGGAUAAAUUCAAAAGACCAUUAAAGACAACCACAACCCCUAUCCCCACCACAACAGCUUUGACUUAUGACGCAGACGCAGACGAAGAGAAUGAAUUUAUUGAAAUAAAAAAGAAACAAAACAAAUCGUUGAAUACUAAGAAAUCAUAA